UCGAGACCCAAAACGGUGGCAGAGAUCACAUCUCGGCUAGGCAAUUCCGCAUGCGACGAGAAAGAGAAGUCGGCGCUGCGUGCUUUGAUCUCGCAAAUGGUCGGCCGAUUUCGUGACAAGAGCCGUCCAAGUUACUAUGUUGAAGCGUCACGUCUGUCACGAGCCACAACUCAGAGACAAUACCACUACUUGGCACAAGUUUUCUCGCGGGCGAUCGUGGACAACGCCGAGAAGGGUAACGCACUUGACGGGGAUCUUCUCCCUAGCUUCGUCUUUCUCCUUUGGAAUAAGCCGGAAGGUUACUCGCGCGAUGGACUUUAUGCGGCAGUCAAUGCAUUGCGUGAGAGGCUGGACUACAAAAUCCGCGAGAAUGCAUUGGAAGCUCAAUACCUUCUGUGCUAUACGCUCGGUGUCUUGCUCGACGUCGCGGUAGAUAUCAAAGCAUCCGAAAUUGACAAAGAUUCACUACGGGACCCACUUCUCAAACUACUUGCGGAUUUGAAGGAUCAUGAUGAGCCACGCUUGGCUCAAGCGGCAGCCUACGCGUACGAAGCGCUCAGAGGGAUUUCAGACAAUCAAGGUCCCUGGGAUAUCUUCUGGAGCAACAGUUGGAGGGUCAUUGCAGUGGCUGCAAGAACUGCCGGGGCUGUCUCAACUAUGAACCCAGAAAGGCUACUGGAGGCGGGGCCAGACUUGAUGGAACUUUUGGAAUUCUUGAAGAAAAUCUAUGAUGCGGGCAAAGACCUAGUUGAAGCCAUCAAAGAGAUGGAUGAAGUGUUUGUUGAGAACAUCCGAAGACUUCCAAAUCAAAGGCUCUGGUAUGGCAUACUUCGGUACACUAGUAUGCUUAUUAUGACUGGCGGCAACUCAUUUGACACCCUUGAACACAUAUUACCGAAGGUCCCCUGUGGGGAUAGCUGGCAGUUCUGGUGCGGAUUGUAUGCCCAACUCGAACAAGGCUUCUUGUUGGGAGGUCAACGGGAAAAAAAUCGGAUCAUCCGAGUCGUCAACGUAACAUUCGACAUGAAAUCUUUGCAGGAAAUAAAGGCAAAGAGUUUGCGUGUUCAGCAGUGGAUCAACCUGAUUUCAGAGACGUUUGAUCAGAAAGGAUGGAAACAGUCCUUACCAAGAGCCCGAAGAUCCUUUCCGUUCCGCUUUUUGAAAAAACUAGAGUGCGAACCGCAAGUGAGGAAGCCUUUUGACCCGAAUACGGCAGCAGCUAUCGGUGGCAGCUUGUUGGAAGAUGCGUGGCACGAGUGCAAGGAGGCGCAAAGGUUCUAUGCAGAUGCCGCGUUGACGGAGUAUUAUUUGCAACAGAACCGGCUUAAGAUACUACGUCUCUCAAACGACACUCUGGACAUCGAAAGUUGCUACAUUAAUCUUGGAAUUGUCAAACAUUCCCUUGACCGACAAAACCAGGAAGCCUUCGAACUACCCCUCCAGAGGCGUCUAAAGGUUGAAGCACCGGGCGAGGGGGAAGCACUUGAAUUACAAGAACUUUUUGAUGCCCGUAAGCUAAGAAGCCACGUUGGUUCUCCCGAUGUCCAGUCAAGAGCUCCAAGACGUAUUCUGAUUAGAGGUCGUGCUGGAGUCGGAAAGACAACGUUAUGCAAGAAGAUCGUUCACGACUUCAUCAAUGCCAACUUUCCCCGGUGGAAGUUUGAACGGGUGCUUUGGAUACCCUUGCGGAAGCUGAAAGACAAGCCUACUCUAGAUCAGUUCCUUUGCCAUGAAAUUUGGUCAAAUCACCGCGAGAAAAACCAUUUCAUCUCUGCUCUUCUGGGGACGAUAUAUGAUCAAACAGACAACCAGACUCUUCUGUUGCUGGACGGCUUCGAUGAGAUAGUUGGCGCGAAGACCCCCAGUGGAGACCUUGUCAAGUCUCAACCGAUGUUGGAUCUUCUCAACUACCCGAAUGUCAUCAUUACGUCCAGGCCGCAUGCAGCAUUCGAUAAAUCGAUUCAGGACUUUGAUCUCGAGCUUGAGACGACAGGUUUUCGCUCCGAGCAGGUAGAAGCAUACGUCGACCAGAUUGUGGGCUGCAUUGGCAAGGAUGAAAGAUCUGCAAAGGAGAUCAAGCAUUUCAUCAACAGCCACUGGUUGAUGAAAAGUCUUCUUCAGAUUCCUAUUCAACUGGAUGCGUUAUGUUUUGCUUGGAACGAGAGGCUUCUCUCGCAAAACAUCAGAACCAUGACUUCCUUGUAUCAGGCAAUCGAAGUCAGACUAUGGAAAAAAGACAUGGUUCUCAUGGGAAAGCUGAGCGAGAGUGAAGCUGAUAAUAUCUACGUACGGUCUCAAGUCGAACAAGCUAUGCAUGACCAUAUCGAGCUAAUUCAGAAGCUUGCUUUUACUGGCUUAUACAACAACAUUUUUGAAUUCACACAUCGACAUCGAAUAACAACAUAUGCAACAUUGCCUGGCUUGGAAGGUAAAUCAGACAACUUACUCAAUGAAGUAUCGUUUCUUCGGAGCUCUCAUCCCGCGGAGAAUCACCAACGCCAUACUUAUUACUUCCUUCACUUGACCUUCCAGGAGUUCUUUGCUGCUCAUUACUUCGUGCACUGCUGGAUGACUGAUACACCGCUUAUAUGUCUUGAACUGGACUCGACCGAGUGUCAUCAUCUGGAUGCAAAACAAUUUAUACACCGCGAGAAGUAUAACGGUCGCUACAAUGUGUUGUGGCGAUUUGUAGCGGGACUUCUCUUUGAAAGCAAGAAUCAAGAAAAACUGACUCGAUUUAUGCAAGUACUGAAUAGCGAGCCAAGAGACCUACUUGUACUUGCACACCCUCGUAUCUUGAUGUAUUGUUUCAAUGAGAUUCUGCUUCGUCCUGGGUAUAGUGCCCUGCAGCAAUUGCAACACAGCAUCGAUGGGGAGCUACUGGCUGCUUUAGUGGGAUAUAAUCUCCAUGACUCAUUCCGUUUGAGUAUCGAAAUGGAGUUCCCAGAGCACUUACUAGGGCGCAUUCUGGACAAUUCAGGUGAUAAACUCAGCAUGAGGACUCUUCGCGACAUAUCACGCCGCGCCUGGGUAUCACCAGCACUCCUACAGAAGAUGGACGAUAUUUUGCACACUAGUGAGUCCAAAGGCUUGAAGCAGAUUACAUUCCAUGCCUUGGGGUCAGAAGAAUCUUUGCCCAUCGAUAUUUUGGACACUUUGGCGUUUCGAAUGAGAAAUGAUAAGGACGCUAUAGUAAAGAUCAGGGCAAUGGAAGUAUGGAGCAAACAUUGUGUCAGCCCAGCGGACAUCGUGGAAACUGUCGUUCCAUUCCUGGAUGAUGGGAACUCUUGGACUUUUAGGCUUGCUGCAGCUGAAGUAAUAGGCCGUCAAAAGAUUCCUGAUUCGCGCAUGCGAUAUUUCGUGUCUAUGCUCAAUAAUACAGACUCGGAAAAACGACAAAUUGUGCUUCGAAUUCUCUUGAAAUUUUCCGCGCACUCCCAGCUCCCAGACGAUGCUUUUGAAGCAUUGCUCAAAAUCUGGAGUCACGUUGAAGAUUUCGAGGGCGAGAGCGAGAGAUUUCCCGCGCAAGAUAUUCUUCUAAACUAUCAUGACUUGAGUGACAACGUUCUCAAAUCUUUGAUUCCCUUUCUUGACCACGCGAAUAAUUCGACAAAGCACUUGGCACUAAAGGCCUUAUCUAAGGACCCAGAACUACCGGAAGGUAUUCUAGAGUCCGUGGUCCAGACCCUAGCGACGGUGCAAGACGAUACAGGUAAGUAUUAUGCCGUCAACUGCCUUCGUGCGCAAAAGCAUCUCAGUCCAGGGCUCGUGCAAGCCACGAUUUCAGUUCUCACAUGGUCCACGGCAUCAGAGGUUGAAAGUAUCAUUCGCGAGCGUGAUGAAUUUAGCACGGUGCUGCCGAACCUC